AGAGACAGCUUAAAGAGUGAGGGAAAAAAAAUUCCUCUUCAACUCGUCCUCUUCCUCGUACCAUAGAACAAAACACACUGCUCCAACGUUACUGUCUAAAGAUGAAAAGAAUCAUUCGAUUUCAUCAAUUUUCAACAUCAUCAUCAUCAUCAAUCCAAUCACACAAAAAAACACAAACAUUCCCAAAAAUACAAUCUCUAUAUCUACCUAUACCUCAUCGAACAAUUCCACAACCAAAAGGACAAGAUUUAGAUUUCAUUAACGUUUUCCACAGUCACCUAAUCCACUCUCAAUGGGAAAAACUCACUCCUUUAUCAAAAACCUUAACCCCAUUCAGAAUCCAACACAUUCUAUUAAAACUCCAAAACGACGACGUUUUAUCCCUCAAAUUCUUCAAUUGGGUUCAUACCCAUAACCCUAAUUCUCACACCCUUCAAACCCAUUCAUUCCUCCUUCACAUUCUCACUAAAAAUCGAAACUUUAAAACAGCGCAAUCAAUAUUCAGCAAAAUCAUCACCACCCAUUUAAAUAAUCUCUUUGAAGCAUUGCUUCAUUCAUACACUCUUUGCAAUUCUUCACCACUUGUUUUUGAUACCCUUUUCAAGACUUUAGCUCAUAUGAACAAGCUGAGAAAUGCGACUGAUACUUUCAUUAAAAUGAAGGAAUAUGGUUUCUUUCCAACUAUUGAAUCUUGUAAUGUGUUUCUUAGUUCAAUGCUUUACCUUAAAAGACCAGAAUUGGUCUUAUUGUUUUAUAGUCAAAUGAAGAAUAAUUGUAUUUCACCUAAUGUUUACACUCUUAAUAUGGUUGUUUCUGCUUAUUGUAAGUUAGGUGAAUUGAAUAAAGCUUCUGAGGUUUUGGAGAAGAUGAAGAAUAUGGGUUUGUGUCCUAAUGUUGUUACUUACAAUGCUUUGAUUUCUGGUUAUUGUAAUAAGGGUUUACUUGGUUUGGCUUUAAAGGUUAAAAAUUUGAUGAUGGGGAAUAAUGGGGUGUUUCCUAAUGUGAUUACUUUUAAUACUCUUAUUAAUGGGUUUUGUAAAGAGGGAAAAUUGCAUGAAGCUAAUAGGGUUUUUAGUGAGAUGAAGGUUGCUAAUGUGGCUCCUAAUGUUGUGACAUAUAAUACUUUGAUUAAUGGGUUUGGUCAAGUUGGUAAUAGUGAAAUGGGGAUUAGGCUUUUUGAGGAGAUGGAGAGGAAUAAGGUGAAAGCUGAUAUUUUGACUUAUAAUGGAUUGAUUUUGGGACUUUGUAAAGAAGGGAAGACUAAGAAAGCUGCUUAUAUGGUUAAGGAUCUUGAUAAGGAGAAUUUGGUACCAAAUGCUUCAACUUUUUCUGCUCUUAUUGCCGGACAGUGUGUGAGGAACAACUCUGAACGCGCUUUUCUUGUUUAUAGAAGCAUGGUAAGGAGUGGUUUUAGUCCAAAUGAGAAUACUUUUCAGAUGUUGGUAUCGGCUUUCUGUAAGAAUGAAGAUUUUGAUGGAGCUGUGCAAGCUUUGAGGGACAUGAUGGACAGAUUCAUGACUCCUGAUUCUAGUAUUUUAUCUGAGGUUUGUAGUGGACUUUGCAGGUGUGGGAGAAAACAGAUUGCAUUGAAGCUGUGUAGUGAGAUGGAAGCUAAGCGUUUAUUGCCGCAAGGUUUUGACAGAGAAAAAAUAUUCAUCACUAGUCAUGAAAAUGAGACAGGCAAUUUGACUUAUUAGACU